AUAUGGAGAAAACCUAAUAUAUGAUUCUGUUCAUUAUUGCAGUCAAAUAUUUUGAUCCUUUUAAAAUUCCGAUUAUAUCGCAUUCUUAUAACUGAUUAAAAAUACAUAAAUAAAUAAACACAAUUAUAAUGUUAACCUUUUUAUAUUUUAAUAUCAUCUCCCUCCAAGAAAUUAUUCUGUCACUGCUAAGCUGUUCAUUAUCGCUUUGUUGUUCGAUUUUGCAUAAAUAAUAAUACAUAAUUAAUAACCGAUUAAAAAAAAUAAAUAAAUAAAACUACGAUAUCUGAUCGCCGACGUCUGUAACCGCUUUGCGCAGCGUUGUCACUGAUCUAACCAAUCAAAUCUCUUCCCUGAGUGACACCGCAUUACGAAUGCUCCAAUGACAAUCGUGCUUGACGUCAACCAGGAAGUGCGCGAACACUGGCCGAUAUCCAAGCUGCAGAGUUGUCGUAAUCUUUCUCGCGUAUGACAUGAAGAUCGCAGAAUCACGAGGCAGUCUUUCAGUCGUUCCACGAGCGAGCAUCAGUUUCUAGGAGAAGAAUUGACUCGAAGAGGAUUUUUUUUUUCUCCCUCUAUUGUCUAAAAGUGUCUGGAUAUUUACGGAAUUGUUUUUUUACAUUAUUAUUCUUAUCACUAAAACAGUAUUAAGACUUAAAUCUGAUAGAGGAAUAUAAAGACAGGAAAGAUUUCCGUUAUUUGAUCCGGUUUGGGCGUAAAAGCAGAAGUCGGGAACGUUUGUAAAGUUUUGAAGAACGCUCUGAUCGUCCCGGACAGCGAUGAGUGACUCCGAACCGCUGACGUUUUCGUCCGUCGAAGAAGAGAGGGACUACUGGAAGGAGAGAGCGGUUCAGCACCAGCAGAGGGCUGACGAGGCUCAAGACGAGCUGCAGGAGUUCCAGCAGAUGAGUCGAGAUUACGAAGCCGAACUUGAGACCGAACUGAAGCAGUGUGAAGCACGCAACCGCGAACUCCUUGCGACUAACAACCGGCUACGCACGGAACUGGAGAGCUUCAAGGAGAAGUACGAGACGCAGCACUCGGAUACGUACAGACGGGUUUCUGCCCUGGAGGGGGAGUUGGCCGAGACCACCGCCAUCAAGGACCAGUUACAGAAGUACAUCAGAGAGCUGGAGCAGGCCAACGAUGACCUGGAGAGAGCCAAAAGGGCCACCAUCAUGUCACUGGAGGACUUCGAGCAGAGGAUGAACCACGUCAUCGAGAGAAACGCUUUCCUGGAGAGCGAGCUGGACGAGAAGGAGAACCUGCUGGAGUCGGUGCAGAGACUGAAAGACGAAGCUCGAGAUCUGAGGCAGGAGCUGGCCGUGAAACAGAAGCAGGACCGUAAACCGUCCCUCAGCCUUUCAGUGGACGCAGAGAAGGUGGAGUCGACGCUGUCUCACCCUCCGCCCACUUAUGCCUCUCUCCUCACUACGCCGCCCAGAACUGCAGCGGGCCCCGGGAGCGCGUUUCACACACCGCCGUCCUCCUACAGCAGAAUUGAAGGUCUUACUGGGACGCCGUUGACGACAUCAGCACGGAUUUCCGCUCUCAACAUCGUAGGGGAGCUGCUGAGGAAAGUCGGCAACUUGGAGUCGAAGCUGGCGUCGUGCAGAGAGCUGCAGGUCCAGGAGCGAACGCCGAGCCGCUCGGUAGCGGCUCAGAGCUCGCACGGCACGCCGAGAGAAGCGCUAGAGAACCAGCCGAGCACUAACGGUCUGUUUGAGGGGAUGGUGAAGCGGCUGGAUUUUGGACCCAAAAUGGUGGUGUGACUGUCUUUCUGUCUCGGUCUCUCUGUCUUUCUCUCUGUCUCUCUCUCUCUCUUUCUCUCUCUUAUGUCUGCUUCUUGCACUCUGAGUGUGUGAGCUCGUCUCUGAUUUAUUACUACUGUUAACCGAGGGUUAAUCCCCACCUUGUUUUUCUUUUUAAAUUUUUUUUUUUUUUUUGUAAACUUUGUCUAUAUUUACAGCCUGAUAUUAUGUACAUAUAUUUUUUCACUUUUUUUUGUUUGUUUGUUUGUUUUAUUAUUUUGGCAAUGAAAAUGUCUGUUGUGGAUAUUAGUGCUGCACAGUUCAGGAGUUUUCUGUCAUCGAUGCGUCUCGGUUCACGUCUUUAUCGGACGAUGAUCCGCUUCGUGACCUGAUAAGUGUGAAAAACCGCUCUAACGCACCUGAUACCGCACGUUUAAGAACUACAAACGGGUGUCUGUAGUUUUGCUUCUUUUUUAAUUCUGGACUGGAGCUACGAGGUGAAUUUACCUGAUAAGGAAGGGAGGAUUAUAGCUGUACGUUUAAAACUGGCUUUGAAGUUGUAUCUUCUUUUUUUUUUGUUUUAAACCGUUACGUUUUGGAAGGAUCUUACACCCGAAUCAGUAUUUCCUUUUUGUAACCGAGUGAGUCCGUCCUCGUCUAUUUAAUCAAAAAAAACUUGAGACAACGAUCAAACCUAUACGCUUCCUUUAGUUGUUACCUCGUAGGUGAGCGCAAGUCUUCAUGCAAAUGAAGUGAGACAGGUGUGUGUGUGUGUGAGAGAGAGAGAGAGCACAGGAAACACUAAACUGUGCAGUGCAGCUCAGACUCGUCUUCUAUAUAACGUCUUCUAAGGAACAGUUAGAUGUUUGGUACAAACCGUUCUAGCUAAACGUUGUCGCUUUGCGUGAGUGACGCACCUGCCCUUUUUGGUGGCGCCCGUAGCCGAGCCUCGUAGCUGUACUUUAGCGGUGACGUCAAGAUAAUUCGAUUUUCUGUAACCGGAUAACGAAUCUGAACAGAAUUUUCACAUUAUGAGUGGCAGGUUAAGGAAAAAAGUUAUUAUUAUUAUUAUUAUUAUUAUUAUGAUUUCGUUACAGUUUACAAAAUAAUCUGCUUGAGAUGUAACACGAGGGGAAAGAAAAAAAAAAGAACAGAAUUUAUUUUGUCGUUACAGCAACUAUGUAAGUACUAUAAAAGCACUAAGGAGACUCAGGAUGCGUUUAAAAUAUAGAAAUGGUAAAUUAUUGUGUAAAUUUAUCACAUUGUCAUAUUGCACACGUGUAAGGGUUGAUUAUUAGGUUCUCACUCGCUUAGUAGAGGAUCGGGGUUCCACGUAGAACCCUUUACAUGUUGGAUUUUAUUUGAAUUUGUUUUUGUUUGUUUUUUUUUCUUAAGCAUACACUGUAAAGUUAUGGCUUUUGGGUGACUGACGUGACACUAAUUUUCUAUUUCAAAGAGCUUUUGCUGAUGUGAAACUUUGAGGCGUUUGUGUCUUCGCUGCAAUCUGACGAACCCGUGCCUUAGGCUUAGUGUCGGGUCGCGUUCUCCGGGAGAAGUAGGUCCGUAUAAGGAAUAAAACACUUGUGGGUGCACUGUUGUACUUUACGAGUUUUAUUCCUCUUAUACCACAGCGAUUCGCCAGCAGUGACUCUUUCUUCUUCUUCUUCUUCUUCCAUCUAUUAAAGAAUACCGCGUCAUAAUGUCGUGACACGUCGACAAAAGAAAUCGAUUACGUACGAUUUUUUUUUUUUCUUCCUCAAAUCGGAUCGCGCGCACGAGUCCACGUGAACGAGCCGUUACUAUAGAAACGAGAGCCGGCGUUCUAGAAAAUUAAUCACCUUCUGACCAAUCAGAAUUCAGUAGCGCUGUAGGACAAGCCUAGCCACUGGGCAGUUUUAAAGCUGGCGCGAGCGAUAACGGGAAGCCGACGGUUCUUUACAAAAUGGCCGGCGUUCUAGUAAACGAGUCCGGAGAAUUCCUGUUUUUUCUUUUGUUUUUUUUUUUCCUCUCUCGGAGACGUAAAUUUUGAAGAAUCUCUGUAGUGUAGUUAAGACGAAUUCAAGUUAAAUACUUCAGUGAAGGCUACAAGUGUUUUAUGUUAAAAUUAGAAACGUAAAGAGGAGCUCGUACGUGCUGUUUCUCUACUAAUACGGGAGUUGUAAUGGAUGGAUGAUGAAUCGAUAGAUAGAUAGACAGAUAGAUAGAAAGAUCAAGGACAUAGCUACGUAUUUACAUUAACCAUUAAUCACUAAAGGCUCGUUACAGUUUUGUCUCUUUGCCUUUUUUUUUUUUUUUCCGGUGUUGAUCAGGCGUUUAAAUCAGACGGUCGGCGAGAGACCAGUUGAGUUUUGAGGCGUAGUUUGGGUUGAACGCAGCAGAUUCUCAUGUUCACGUAAAACAAAUGUUCCAUCAGCAGAUGUGCGGAAUAAACAUCUUACUAAACAAAAACGGCUCGAGUCUCCUUCCUGCACGGGGAAGUGUGUGUGUGUGUGUGUGUGUGUGUUUGUGUGUGUGUGUGUAUAAUAACUAUUAUACUUGUUUAUAUCUCAAAUAAUCUGUGAAUAAAUUCUGAAAAAUAUAUUUAAUAAUAAAAAUAUUAUAUAAUACAACCUCAAUUCUGAAAAAGUUUAGUGCGCGAGCUAAACUAAACUAAACCAACCAACCC